CUCGGAGGGACCAGACUUCUCCGCCUCAACACCCGGGAAUUCUGGGCCGCGUGACGUCAUCGGCAAACUCCGCCCAGGUUGCUAUAAAACAGUGACGCCCGCCGCCUUCGAUCUCUUCCUCACCGGGUCUGCGGCGAAUUUACAAGGUGUCCAUCGCCAACCAUCUAAACACUCAAAAUGGGAAAGGAAAAGAUUCACAUCAACAUCGUCGUCAUUGGACACGUAGAUUCUGGCAAGUCCACAACAACUGGACAUCUCAUCUACAAAUGCGGUGGCAUUGACAAGCGUACCAUUGAGAAGUUCGAGAAGGAAGCCGCUGAGAUGGGCAAGGGCUCCUUCAAGUACGCUUGGGUUUUGGACAAACUGAAGGCUGAACGUGAGCGUGGUAUUACCAUCGAUAUCUCCCUAUGGAAAUUUGAGACCAGCAAGUACUAUGUCACCAUUAUUGAUGCCCCUGGACACAGAGACUUCAUCAAGAACAUGAUCACUGGUACUUCUCAGGCUGACUGUGCGGUCUUGAUUGUUGCUGCUGGCGUGGGUGAGUUUGAGGCUGGUAUCUCAAAGAACGGACAAACCCGUGAGCAUGCCCUCUUGGCCUACACCCUGGGUGUGAAGCAGCUCAUUGUUGGUGUUAACAAGAUGGAUUCCACUGAACCACCAUACAGCCAGAAGAGAUACGAUGAAAUUGUAAAGGAAGUCAGCACUUACAUCAAAAAGAUUGGAUACAACCCAGAUACCGUUGCCUUUGUGCCCAUCUCUGGCUGGAACGGUGACAACAUGCUUGAGCCCAGUUCUAACAUGCCCUGGUUCAAGGGAUGGAAUGUCACCCGUAAAGAAGGAAAGGCUUGUGGAGUUACCCUGCUUGAAGCUCUAGACUGCAUUCUGCCACCAAGCCGCCCCACUGACAAGGCCCUUCGUCUGCCUCUUCAGGAUGUGUACAAGAUUGGUGGUAUUGGUACAGUACCUGUCGGUCGUGUGGAAACUGGUGUCCUGAAACCCGGCAUGGUGGUUACUUUUGCCCCCGUCAAUGUGACAACUGAAGUAAAGUCAGUGGAAAUGCAUCAUGAAGCUCUGACCGAGGCUCUGCCCGGUGACAACGUUGGUUUCAACGUAAAGAACGUUUCCGUCAAGGACGUCCGUCGUGGUAACGUUGCUGGUGACAGCAAGAAUGACCCACCCCUUGAAGCUGCUGGAUUCACCGCCCAGGUUAUUAUCCUGAACCACCCUGGCCAGAUCAGUGCUGGGUAUGCACCUGUGCUGGAUUGCCACACUGCUCACAUUGCUUGCAAGUUUGCAGAGCUGAAGGAGAAGAUCGAUCGUCGUUCUGGUAAGAAACUGGAAGAAAACCCCAAGUUCCUGAAGUCUGGUGAUGCCGCCAUUGUUGAAAUGGUCCCAGGCAAACCCAUGUGUGUGGAGAGCUUCUCUGACUACCCUCCUCUUGGACGCUUUGCUGUGCGUGAUAUGAGGCAGACAGUUGCUGUUGGAGUCAUCAAGGCUGUGGAGAAGAAGGCACCUGGUGCAGGCAAAGUUACAAAGUCUGCUCAGAAGGCCCAGAAAACCAAAUGAAUAUUCCAAAAACCCAGUGCCACCUCAGUCUUAACCAGCGGUGGAAGAUCGGUCUCAGAACUGUUUGUUUCAAUUGGCUAUUUCAGUUUAAUAGUAAAAGACUGGUUAAUGAUUACAAUGCAUCGUAAAAGCUUCAGAAGGAAAGGAAUGUCUGUGGACCAUUUUGUUUGUGGCAGUUUAAGUUAUUAGUGUUUUAAAAACAGUAAUUUUUAAGUGGAAACAACUUGACCAAAAUCUGUCACCAAAAUUUGAGACCAUUAAAAGUUAAUGAGAAA